CUGCCCAUCUGACUUUCCCACACUAUAAUGACACAGUAUAAAACCAUAGCUAGACUCUUUUGUUGUCUCCUCCCCACUCCUGUCUUUCAGCUGUUCUUCAUUCUCAACUCGCCUCCUUUACUCCUUGCAGCUAAAAUGGACACAGCUGGUAAGGUCAUCAAGUGCAAGGCAGCAGUGGCCUGGAAGCCCAACAAGCCUUUGGUGAUUGAGGAGAUUGAGGUAGCUCCGCCCCAGGCCAACGAGAUCCGCAUGAAGAUUGUGGCAACUGCUGUGUGUCAUACAGACCUGUACCACCUUUUGGAGAAUAUGCAUGAGGAAGGCUUCCCAGUAGUCCUUGGCCAUGAAGCAGCUGGCAUUGUAGAAAGCGUUGGACCUGGAGUCACUGAAUUUCAGGCAGGAGAUAAGGUCAUCCCUCUGUUCAUCGCCCAGUGUGGAGAAUGUCGCUUCUGUAAGAGUCCAAAGACCAACCAGUGCGAUGUGUGGACCAAAGCUCGUGUAGAUGUGAUGUCACCAUCAGACUCCAGGUUUACCUGUAAGGGGAAGAAGGUGCUGCAGUUUUCAGGAACCAGUACCUUCUCCGAGUACACUGUGGUUAACCAGAUGGCUGUGGCUAAGAUCGACCCCACCGCCCCUCUGGACAAAGUCUGUCUCAUUGGCUGUGGGAUCUGCACAGGAUAUGGAGCAGCAGUUAAUACUGCUAAGGUGGAACCGGGCUCCACAUGUGCUGUGUUCGGCCUGGGAGCUGUGGGUUUGGCUGCAGUCAUGGGCUGCAAAGCUGCAGGAGCCAAGAGAAUCAUCGCUGUUGACAUCAAUCCAGAGAAGGCUGAGAAGGCAAAAGUGUUUGGCGCGACUGACUUCGUGAACCCCAAGGAUCACAGUAAACCCAUCAGUGAAGUGCUGUCUGAGAUGACUGACGGAGGAGUGGACUACUCCCUGGAAUGUUCCGGGAAUGUGGGAGUUAUGCGCAGUGCCUUGGAGUCUUGUGUGAAAGGCUGGGGUGUGAGCGUGAUCGUUGGCUGGACAAACUUGAAUGACGUCGCUACCCGACCCCUUCAGCUCAUUUCUGGGCGCACAUGGAAGGGCUCCCUGUUUGGAGGCUUUAAGGGUCGGGAUGCAGUGCCUCAGAUGGUUAAAGCCUACCUGGACAAGAAGUUGAAGGUGGAUGAAUUCAUCACUCACAACAUGACUUUGGACCAGAUCAAUGAUGCCAUUGAACUGAUGAAGCAAGGGAAAUGCAUCCGGACUGUGCUGAAUGUGUCUCUACAAUAAGAUUAUUGUGUUGCUUUCAAUUACGCAAAAUAAUUAUUUAAUCAUUCACUAUACUAAACAAAAUCUCAGCAAAGUACUCAUACAUAAUACUAUGUAACAUUAUAAAAGGACCUUUUGUUAUUAUGAUAAUUAUAUGCACUAUACAUGCCUGACUUUGAACACUAGAAACUAGUGAGUGGAUGACAAGCAGAUUGUAAGAAUCCACUGUAGUGUUUGUUUAAGGAAAAGCUCAACAUUACAGGUGUUCAUAAAGCAAAAUAUACACUCUUGAUUAUAUAUGGGUUUUAUGUUGUCCUUGGAUUGCAUUUAGGUCUCAAAACUAUCGUGAUAAAAUUCUUUGAUGCAUUGCAUUAAGUUUGAUGUUGGGACCUUGUAGUUAAAAGUAUUAAAAUGGUUAUAAGAAAUAUUUAAUUAUUCAUCCACUUUCUUGCAGUAUUAAUCAGACAGCAAGCAGAAUUCCAAAGGUAUUUAUUUACACUAAAGCAAAAGUAACAAUGAAACGCACAAACCUACAAUCUAAAUAAGUCAAACUAAAGACUAGGACAUAAAUUGUGUGUGUGGGAAUGAGUGCAAACAAACAUGGACAAAAUGAAUGACAGGAGAGAUAAGACGGCCGAAUUAAAGAUGGCCACUUAAGUAGAGGGAGGUUGUGUAAAGGUGCAGGGUUAGUAAAAGGAUGUUAAGCUGCAUGCAAGACUCUGUGUAGAGCUAUAGCUAUGUAGCAAAUUAUUUUUGGCAAUGGCAACUACCCAAUAACCUGACUACAAAGUGAUUACAACUAUAAAACUCACAGAAAAACAUCAACUAAAUUCAUGUUACGCAUACACUGACAAAAGUUUACAGUCAUGCUGAACUUGUACUGUUGGGCUAAUGCUAUGCCCAGUCUAUGAAUGAAGGGAAGAGUUGUUUUGUUGGUCAGCUUGUUAGCCAGUGGUCUUCCAUUGUGGAUGAGCCUAGCUUAGACGAGUUGUAGUCCCAGUGCAGUCUUUGCUGUGCUGUAUUCCCAUGGUGCAGGCCAGAGAAAUCUGGCCACUGUGUGUGUCUUUGCACAGUUUGCAUUUUGCUGCCAACUUGGCUUUGUUCUCCUUUGUUUGGAAAGUGAGCUUGUAAACUUUGCAUCUGCUGAAGGUGCUAACAUGGCUGCCUUCUUCAUUCGAGUUCAGUUUGGCUGCUUGAGCAGGCCAACUUCAGAGAGCUAUUAGACUCCUUUAAAGUGAGCCAGAAUAUGCAGAACUGACCAUGCCUGAUUGCCACACAAUGUAUGCCAGUUAAAUUUGUGUUUGACUUCAUCCUGACUUGCUCUGGCAUCAUGCACAAGUGGACAAUGAUAAUCACAGAUUAUUAUUAUCAUUAUCAUAAUCUCACAGAUAAUUUGUCUUGUGUUCUCCU